AGCACAGUCCGAUUCGGCACACUAACCCUUUGAACAUUUCCCCCCUCAAAGGUUCCAGAACCUUCCUCUAGCGGUUCUUCCUCACUUUCCAUUCGACUUCUCAAGCGAUCUAUCUCUUCUGGUUUUCCUUUUUGUUUCUCUGCUUUGCUUUGCUGGUCUGUCACUCUUCUUUAGUUAAAGAAGAAAAUGGCUUUAGCCUUCGAUGAGUUCGGCCGGCCGUUCAUCAUAAUCAAGGAACAAGAGCAGAAGAGCCGGCUGAGAGGUUUGGAUGCUCAGAAGGCCAACAUUUCCGCGGGAAAGGCCGUUGCCCGCAUCCUCCGCACAUCACUUGGCCCCAAGGGCAUGGACAAGAUGCUCCAGAGCCCCGACGGCGAUGUCACCAUCACAAAUGAUGGUGCAACAAUAUUGGAACAGAUGGAUGCUGAUAAUCAAAUAGCUAAGCUGAUGGUUGAAUUAUCCAGGAGUCAAGACUAUGAGAUUGGUGAUGGAACAACUGGAGUGGUCGUCAUGGCUGGUGCACUUCUAGAGCAGGCCGAGAAACUAUUAGAGCGUGGUAUUCAUCCUAUCCGGAUUGCAGAAGGGUAUGAAAUGGCAUCAAGAAUAGCUGUUGAACAUUUAGAGCGCAUUGCUCAGGAGUUUGAAUUUGGAGUUAACAACAUUGAGCCUCUGGUUCAGACUUGCAUGACUACUUUAUCCUCAAAGAUUGUAAACCGAUGCAAGCGAUCUUUAGCUGAGAUUGCUGUUAAAGCUGUUCUAGCAGUUGCAGAUAUAGAGAGGAAGGAUGUCAAUUUAGAUUUGAUUAAAGUGGAAGGAAAAGUAGGGGGGAAGUUGGAAGACACUGAACUAAUUGAUGGUAUUGUUGUUGACAAGGAUAUGAGCCAUCCACAGAUGCCCAAGCGAAUUGAAAAUGCAAAAAUAGCAAUUUUGACUUGCCCAUUUGAGCCCCCUAAGCCCAAGACUAAGCAUAAGGUUGAUAUUGACACAGUGGAGAAGUUCCAGACUUUACGUCAACAAGAGCAGAAAUACUUUGAUGACAUGGUUAAAAAAUGCAAGGAUGUUGGUGCUACCCUGGUUAUUUGUCAAUGGGGGUUUGAUGAUGAAGCAAAUCAUUUAUUGAUGCACCGGAACUUGCCUGCAGUACGAUGGGUUGGUGGUGUAGAAUUAGAGCUUAUUGCAAUAGCUACAGGUGGAAGAAUUGUGCCAAGAUUCCAGGAAUUGACACCAGAAAAGCUGGGGAAGGCUGGUUUGGUCCGAGAAAAGUCAUUUGGUACAACAAAAGAUCGGAUGCUUUAUAUUGAGCAAUGUGCUAAUUCAAGGGCUGUAACUAUUUUUAUUCGUGGUGGUAACAAAAUGAUGAUAGAAGAGACAAAACGGAGCCUCCAUGAUGCCCUCUGUGUUGCUAGGAACUUGAUUCGCAACAAUUCUAUUGUAUAUGGAGGUGGUUCAGCUGAGAUUUCUUGCUCAAUUGCUGUAGAGGCAGCUGCUGAUAGAUAUCCUGGGGUUGAGCAGUACGCUGUCAGGGCCUUUGCAGAUGCUUUAGAUUCUAUCGCUAUGGCACUGGCAGAAAACAGUGGCCUCCAACCUAUUGAAACACUCUCAGCAGUCAAAGCUCAACAAAUCAAGGAGAACAACCCAUGCUGUGGAAUAGAUUGCAAUGAUGUUGGAACUAAUGAUAUGCGUGAGCAGAAUGUCUUUGAGACUCUCAUUGGUAAACAGCAACAAAUUUUGCUGGCCACUCAAGUUGUGAAGAUGAUUCUCAAGAUUGAUGAUGUCAUCUCCCCUUCGGAUUACUGAGGUCGUUGUAAUAAACUCAAAAGGUUUUGUUUUGCCUUGAAAGAUUAGGUACUGCCGCUUGCAUUGACGUGACAAAAGGGACCAUUUGUUGCUUAUAGAAAUUAAAGUGCAGUAAUCCAGUAAAUGGUUUUUUAGGGUUUUGGCUACUGUGAUGGGUUUAGCAGGUUGUUCUUCAGCCUUGUCAUUUUGGGACUUGUUCAUUGAUUUUAUUGGGGCAUGGGAGUACGACUGUGA